UCACUAUUAAACUUGCGUUAUCUCAUGACACAAAAAUUCAUAAAGCAAUGUCAAACAGUGGACUGGUGAGCAGGCCAUCACCUCAGCGCUGGAGAUGUUUUCUUCAUGACCUUACAGACUGAGAAGGUGACCCUGCCCAAAGCUUUGCAUGCUGAUUUCCAUGUGUUCCAUUCAUGCCAGUAAAUGUUAUUAGACCCUUCAGAGCCACACAGAGUCAGAGAGUGAAGGAGACUCCAUGCAGAGGACACCGCUGUCAGAGAUGGCCAUAAAGUGAGUCCCUGAUUAUUAAUGGUUCCUUCUGCUUUCUUAUUUUUGAAAUGAUAUUAACGACUAAUACACUUGAAUCUACUGGUCACGAGGAAUUUCAGAUUCUAAGGAGUUAAACUUACAGGAAUAUUGUUGGCAGAAUGCUAUAGGAUUCUGUAAUCAAUGUAUUUGAGAUCUGUAUCACAAUCAGCUUCACCAGUGAAGGAUCUCCAUGUAAUUUUCAAGGGUAGAUUUUGUUGCUUUUCUCAGGAACCUGUUGAUGAUGUGGACUCUUGGGGCGAGUCCAUCGAGAAGCUUCUGUCCUGUAAAGCGGGACAGAUGGCUUUCCAGGACUUCCUAAAGUCGGAAUACAGUGAGGAAAAUAUUCUGUUCUGGCUGGCAUGUGAGGAAUACAAAAAGAUCACGAGCCCACCAGAGAUGAUCAGCAGGGCAAACCAAAUCUACACAGAGUUUGUGCAAACGGAAGCACCCAGACAGGUCAAUAUUGAUUCUGGGACUCGCACAAAUAUUACAAACAACAUCUCAGAGCCAAACCUGAGCUCAUUUGAUACGGCACAGAAGAUGAUCUUCAGUCUAAUGGCGAGAGACUGCUAUCCCAGGUUUCUGAAGUCUGACAUCUACCAGUCCAUUCUGCAAAAGCAUGGAAAGAGAUGACUUCAUAAUGAAUAAUGAUUAGUGUACAUCAAGUUUAACUAUUGCCAGUAAGUUUAUUUGUUUGUUUGUUUUGUUUGUUUGUUUUAUAUUUGGUAAACAUGACCUUUUUAGUUUUGGACUUGAAUAGCUCAUCAUUUUUUAUCUUUAUGUUGCCAUAUAAAGUUUUUUGAAAGAAAAACAUUAUUACAGUGUCACAAUAGGAUUUAUUCUGAUUUGAUAUUCUGCUGUUGCCUUUUGAUUUAUUUUUCCUGUUCACAGAAAAUUCGACCAAUUAACUACACCUCAUUUUAAAUUAUAACAGGAAAAAAAUCAUGCAUCAAAAAACCAUUCCAUAUGGGAUUAAAAGGAUCUGUUAUGGGCCUGAAGGAAUUCAGUAAUUUCCUGUUUAUCAACAUACUGUUGAGAAAUCAAGAAUAAUACGAAAAUGAGAAUUUGAAUGCUGCUUUUCAACUUUUAACUUUAACUUGUACAGCCAAUUCAACUACAGUCCAUUUCUAUAAUAGUGCAACCUAUCAGUCAGACAUUUUUUCAAACAAGUUAUUAUGAUGAUGAUCAUGAUGAUGAUGUAGGUGUGCUUAGGUUUUCUUAUGAUUGAUGUUAUGACCAUCAGGAGUAAAUUUGUAAAAUGAUUUUAAAAGACCAUUUAAAUAUGACCAUUUUUAUGCAGGAACAUCCUGGACUGCUUAUAUAAAAAGAUGAA